AUGCGGUCGCCCACCGCUACACGGUUAGCAGCGCGGACAUGGGUCUCCUGCAGUUUGCCCCUUGCGCAGGCUUUGUUUGCUCUCCUGGCCAUUAUGACCUCCCUUGUGCUGGAACGGGACCACUUGGCCAGGGAUCUUCGGAACACCGACGCUGAGUCGAUGAUCUCCGGCUUUCGCAGGGUGCUUGAAGGCGUUUGUGAUGGUGGGGUGCUCCUGGAUGAUGGCUUGCGCAUCCAAGAGGGCUCGCAUGGCUUGAAACGAAUUCUGUCCAACUGCGAAAGCUUCGACAAGAAGCUCUUUCAAGACCUUCUCAGCCCGAACGCAGAAGAGCUCGAGCGCUUCGCCGAGUUCAUCUCAGAGACGACCCUUGCGGGGCAAAGUGUCGCCCCAUGCUUGCGGCUGUCUAUGCAGUCUCCUGGUGGGCGACUGGGGGUGGAUGCGUAUCAUGUGGCCUUACCACACCUCUAUGGUUCUGAGGGGAUGUACCAUCUUCUCGCACUGAAGAGAGACGUCGAAGAGCGGGCCAUUCCUGAAGCGUAA